UAUUAUUUUCCUGCUUUAUGUUUUUGCGCAAAUAAGUGUUUGUUAGUUAAAACCACGUCUGAUAGCUAACGUUAGCAUUAGCCGUGUAUGCUAACUUGAUGAAGGGAUAGGUUCACUCCAGAUUGUUUACGCAAAUCUUAAAAGGGUUUCUUAACAACACGCGUAAUAAUAUUAACGAGAUUUCAAGGAUAGCAACUUUUUAGUGGUCAAGAUGAUGAAGAAGGUUAAAAGUGGCCACUAAGUAUUUCCAGCUGGUAAAUGUCCAGCUGAGGAAUUAUUUGAAGUGUUUCUGUGAAAAAGGCAAUAAUGAAUAUAUGUCACAGAACGCUCCUUGAACAACCUCAGUUUGGAUAAACAGAUUAGUUAUGUUAAGGUUGCAGAGAUCCACUCUGAUUUUGGUUGUGAUCACACUAGCAGUUAGCUUGUCGAUCCAGUAAAAAUAACACUCUUAUCAGCAAACUGAAGUCAUUUAAAUGGGCAUCUACAACAGUGGCUUGUGUGGAGUUUGUCAGUCAUGGAUCGCGUCGUGGGAGGAGGACUGCUUCCCCUAGUACUAACAGGUGUGGGAGUCCUGCUGCUGUAUCGGAUCCUUCUUCGCCUCAAAGCAGGAACUUCAGUACAAGGUGCGGUUGUUGUCAUCACAGGGGCCAGCUCUGGACUUGGAAAAGAGUGUGCAAAGGCUUUCCACGCUGCAGGUGCUCGGCUCGUCCUAUGUGGGAGAGAUGCAGCUCGUCUGCAGCAGGUGGUCCAGGACCUCAAAGGAAGUUCAACAGAUCAACAAAAACAGACUUUCACUCCCUGUGCUGUUAUCUUCGACUUGGCUAAAGCGGACACGGUGGACAAGGCUGCAGAAGAGAUCUUAAAGUGCUUUGGACGAGUGGACAUCCUUGUGAACAAUGCUGGAGUCAGUUACCGUGGCAACAUAGUGGACACCCACAUGUCAGUUCAACGAGACGUUAUGGAAACAAACUACUUUGGAACCAUUGCUCUCACUCAAGCCCUCCUGCCCUCAAUGAUUCAGAGACACAGUGGCCACAUUGUUGUCAUCAGCAGCGUUCAAGGAAAGCUAGCCAUUCCCUACAGAUCUGCCUAUGCAGCAUCCAAGCACGCCACCCAGGCCUACUUUGACUGCCUACGAGCUGAGAUUGAGUGCUUUGGAAUCCCCGUGACGGUGAUCAGCCCGGGUUACAUCCGAACCAACCUGUCGAUCAAUGCAGUCACUGGAGACGGCUCCAAGUACGGAGUUAUGGAUAAAACCACCGAAUCGGGCUGGGACCCCAGAGACGUUGCCACCACCGUCCUGAAGGCGGUCCGUCACAGAAGUAAAGACGUGGUUUUGGCUGGACUUCUGCCCUCCGUGGCCAUCUACCUCCGCACGCUGUGGCCGGCGCUCUUCUUUAAACUGAUGUCCUCUCGCGCUCGCAAGAUCAGAAACCAGCAGAAACCUAAAAAUGAGUGACUCAGCAGAAUGUUGAUGACUCAGACCAGACCAGGAAGCUGGCUGCUGCUUCCAGAGCCCAAACGGACCUAAAUGUAAAUGAAGUCAUCCGAGACAUAUAAACCUCUUGUGACUGAUGUUUGUGUUAACAGCAGUAACCCCUGGCUAAUCAGACCGCUGGUUAAAAGUUGGACUUUGAUCACAGAGAUUGGUUUAUGUUUAAUUUAUGAACUCCAGUGUGUUUUAUGAUUCGUCUGAUGCUAGGAGGUGAUAAACACCAACGUUAGCCACAUCUGGAGCUCCAUAGAAAUGCACAACAUAUUUCUGGGACAUUUUUUUGUGAUAAUAUUCAGAUUGUGUGUCCACGCUGCUUAUCCCAGUCAUGAAGCGUUUUAUCAUCUCCAACUCUCCCGUCCAGAUGAGGCAGUGUUGCACCGCUUCCAUGUUUCCUGCACAUUUCUGUUGAUUUAAUGAAAUCAGCUGCUGUUUUGUUUAGAGAACGGUUUAGUAGAGUCCUCCUGUUUCAUUGUGUCAAUAAAUCAUGUUUUAACCACAAACCACACAAGAAACCAGCUUAUAACGAUCUUUAUACACUGAAUAAAAACUUUUUUUUACAAACCAAAAA